AUGAAUCGGUCCACCAAGAGCACCACCCUUCGGAAGACGGCCGGCUACUCCAGCCUGAUAACGUUUGCCGUCCUGUUGCUGGCCUGGCUGUGCGGAUUCUCCAGCCGGUUGUUUGCGGUGAUCCGGUUCGAGAGCAUCAUCCACGAGUUCGACCCAUGGUUCAACUACCGUGCCACGGCGCACAUGGUGGAGAAUGGGUUCUACAAGUUCCUCAACUGGUUCGACGAGUCCGCCUGGUACCCGCUGGGCCGCAUCGUGGGCGGCACCGUGUACCCCGGGCUGAUGAUCACGUCCGGCGGCAUCCACUGGCUGCUGCACACGCUCAACAUUCCGGUGCACAUCCGCGACAUCUGCGUGUUUCUGGCGCCGAUCUUCAGCGGUCUCACCGCCAUCUCGACGUACCUGCUGACGAAGGAGCUGUGGUCGGCCGGGGCCGGCCUGUUCGCCGCCAGCUUCAUCGCGAUCGUGCCCGGCUACAUCAGCCGCUCGGUAGCGGGCUCGUACGAUAACGAGGGCAUUGCGAUCUUCGCCCUCCAGUUCACCUACUACCUGUGGGUGAAGUCGGUGAAGACGGGCAGCGUGUACUGGGCGGCCUGUACCGCCCUGUCCUACUUCUACAUGGUGUCCGCCUGGGGUGGCUACGUGUUCAUCAUCAAUCUGAUCCCGCUGCACGUGUUCGUGCUGCUGAUGAUGGGCCGCUACUCGCCGCGCCUCUUCACCUCCUACACCACCUUCUACAUCCUCGGGUUGAUCCUGUCGAUGCAGAUCCCGUUCGUCGGCUUCCAGCCGAUCCGCACGAGCGAGCAUAUGGCCGCGUCGGGCGUGUUUCUGCUGAUGUUCGCCGUGGCCGUGCUGAAGCACGUGCAGACCGUGCUGUCGAAGCAGGAGUUUAAGCGCCUGUUCCUGGUCGGCGGUCUGGUGGCGGCCGGUGUCGUCUUUGCGGGCGUCGUGCUGCUCACCAUGCUGGGCGUGAUUGCGCCAUGGAGCGGCCGGUUCUACUCGCUGUGGGACACGGGGUAUGCGAAAAUUCACAUUCCGAUCAUUGCGUCCGUGUCGGAGCAUCAGCCGACGACGUGGUUUUCCUUCUUCUUCGAUCUGCACAUACUGGUGUGCACGUUCCCGGUGGGUCUGUGGUACUGCAUCAAGAAGAUCAACGACGAGCGCGUGUUUGUCGUGCUGUACGCCAUCAGUGCCGUUUACUUUGCCGGUGUGAUGGUGCGCCUGAUGCUGACCCUGACGCCCGUGGUGUGCAUUUUGGCCGGCGUUGCCUUUUCCGGGCUGCUGGAAGUGUUCCUGAAGGAGGACAGUGCGGCCGGCUCGAAGGAAAACAGUGCGGAGGGCGAGCAGGAGGACGCGACCGGAGAGAAGAAGCAACUGUACGACAAGGCGGGCAAGAUGAAGCACCGGCCCAAGCACGAUCUGUCCUCGCACAGUGCCCACGGUGAGCAGAACACUGGCCUUGGAUCGAACGUCAAGAAUAUAGUGAUUGUGGCGAUUCUGAUGCUGCUCAUGAUGUUCGCGGUACACUGCACCUGGGUGACGUCGAACGCGUACAGCAGCCCCUCGAUUGUGCUGGCCUUCUACAACAGCAACGAUGGCACGCGCAACAUUUUGGACGAUUUCCGCGAGGCGUACUACUGGCUGUGGCAAAACACGGCACCGGAUGCGCGCGUCAUGUCCUGGUGGGACUACGGCUACCAGAUAGCGGGUAUGGCCAAUCGAACCACACUGGUAGAUAAUAACACGUGGAACAACAGCCACAUUGCGCUCGUCGGCAAAGCCAUGUCCUCGCCGGAGGAUAAGGCGUACGAGAUCAUGACCUCGCUCGAUGUGGACUAUGUGCUGGUCAUCUUCGGCGGCGUGAUCGGCUACUCCGGCGACGACAUCAACAAGUUCCUGUGGAUGGUGCGCAUCGCCGAGGGCGAACACCCGAAGGACAUACGGGAAAGCGAUUACUUUACCGACCGGGGUGAGUUCCGCAUCGAUUCGGAGGGUGCACCGGCCCUGCUGAACUGUUUGAUGUACAAGCUGAGCUACUACAAGUUUGGAGAACUGAAGCUAGACUACAGAGGAGCUGCCGGAUACGAUCGCACCCGCAAUGCCGUUAUCGGCAAUAAGGACUUUGACCUGACGUACCUCGAGGAGGCGUACACGAGCGAGCACUGGCUGGUGCGCAUCUAUCGCGUGAAGAAACCGCACGAAUUCAACCGGCCCGCACUGAAGCCGGACGAACGGGUGUUGCCGGCGGGCGAGUUUGUGUCGCGCAAAACGUCCAAGCGAAGGAAAGGACUGAUCAAAAACCGUCCCGUCGUGGUGAAGGGCAAGAGGAAUAAGUAGAGUGCUGUUGCCAAGUGGAUCAGCGAGCGCUGCACGGACUCCUGCAAAGCGUUACAUUUCAGCUAAUGAGGGAGGGAGAAGAAGAAGAAGAAGAAGAAGCACUACGAGCGGUCUUGUUUCUGUCGUUUCCUUUCCUCACAUUGUAUCCGUAGGAGUUUCCAUACAUCCUUUUUUUGUUAGUGUAAAACAGAGAACCGUGUUAAGGGGGCAAAUAAUUAUUAACCGAUCGUUUUAUGUGUCGGCAGGCUCACACUGCAACCAAAAUGCUGUGAAAAAUGGUUAAAUGCAAACUGUCGCCCCUGUCCCUUUAAUAUCUCCCCAAUUCAAUGUUGGACCUUCGAUUUGCCCCCGCGGACGUUCGUGUCGCCAAAACUUUUAUCUCAAUUUUGGUUCUUUAUUGUAGUGUGUAGAAGGAAGGGCAUGCAGCAGACACCCCCUGGCUAGUGGCAGACACAACAUCCAACAAAAUAAGUCUUACUAUACAUCUAAAACGCUAGGACAUUGGGAUCAAAUGCAAUAAAAUUAGGCGACAGCGUGGGAGCUGCGAAGAAGGAAGAUGUUUCGAUUCGAGUUACGUGUUACAAAGGUCUGCCCGGGGGGCCCCCAGAGCCCUCUCACUGUUUGAUGUGUUUUGUGCACCGAAUACACUUUACAAUUCACCCAAAACCUCACCCACCCACGACAUUGUUUUGCAGUUUGUUCUUUCUCCUCAAGCAGUGGUUAGUGGACUGAUUCGUUCUCUAGAUUUCCAUAAAUAAGAUGUUGAGCUAAAAAGUGCAAGCACAGAAAGAUUGAAACUGAAAAAUUUGCAUUUAGGUGGACAACUUUUCUGUUUGCCCGUUCCACACAAGUAGAGGAGAAAAAAAAGAGAAAAUUACAAAUGAACAAAUACAAUUAGAUCUAGAGAAAAAACCCAAGUUAAUAUCAACAAACACAAUAGUAAACUGCUGAAGAAAGAACGGCACAACGGCACUCACAAACAACCUCAAGGUGCAGCUGCUCAUUGCGAAGUGUGUAACGUAAUGGCUCUUUUCUCUUGCCGAAACUGUGCGAUCGUUCUGUUACCAUGGAGACGUAAAUUUUAUGCUAGAUGCGCCUUCCGCUGGCAGUGUGAACUGAAGAUCGAACUGUUGCGCGCGCGCCUUGCCGUUUUGAGGAUCGAUUCAAUUAGGAUGUGCGUGUUGUUUAUUUGCGCAUCUGCUAUAUUCCAACGAUAUCUGGUCGUCUUGUUCGUGCAGGCUAGAUGGGCAAGUGAACAAGUAAAGCACAGCAAAACAAGAUUGAAAAGAAAUAUAUCGAACGAUCAACAUCUCAUACAUAGAAAGAUCGCCUCCUAGCCGACCAUUACACACUAUGACGUGGAGUGAAAUAAAACGCGCAUCGAAAAGAUUGAAACAAUAA